UCGAACUCUUUUGAAGCAUCAAAAAUGCCUCGAUACUUAAAGUUUAACUUAAUCGUUUCAAAAUGCACCAUGGCAAUGUACAAAAUCGACGAAAACGCCUCAAAAACAACCAAAAUUCUUUAUAAAUUAUUAAGGGUCGUAAUAAACAUUGUGUUAUUCUCUGGAUUAAUCUUAACGGCGAUUAAUGUGGUCUUAAUCAACUUUGAGAAGGGGAAAUUAGAAAUCGAUAAAAUGGCUGUUGAGAUUAUGACGAUUAUAAUAUUUUUUUCUGCGAUUUUUAGAACAAAUUAUUUCUAUUUCUGCGAAAAUAAACUAGAAAGAGUCGUUAAAACGAUUAAUAAGUUUAAACACAAAACAACAACUGGUUUUGAAGAAAAAAACUUAAAUAAUUGCGUUAAAAUAACGAAAAUGUUCGUGGUGCUUUGGAGUUUUAGCGUUUUUUUCACGGGGCAAUUCAUGGCUUUGCUCCCGUUGUUUGAAAUUCACAAAGUUGGAAGAGUUCUCCCAUUGCCAUUGUGGUACCCUUUCGAUUCGAAACGAACUCCUUAUUACCAAAUCAUUUAUUUAACACAAAUCGUAACCCAACACUUCAUGGUUUUCUCGUACGGCAACUCGGAUAUGUUUUUUUCAUGCACCACGAUAUUUAUAACAGAGCAAUUCACUUUAUUGGGGUGGACUUUAAAAAAUUUGAUCCACACCGUCCUUUUAAAACACGGAAUCGAUAAAAAAUCGAUCGAAACAAAUAAAUUAAGUUGA